CGAUCGUUUAAAUGGUCUUUGUUUUGGGAGGACUACCAGCCCCCACGUCUCCUUAUUUGAAAAUUACAGAACAAAAUGUAUGACAGGUACGUUAGUUUGAUCAUAUGGCUUCAUGUUUCGUUAAUGAGUCGCUCUCUUCCGGGUUCCUCACCGUUGCGUUUUGUUGUUAGCUCACUGUUGAGUUAAAGCCUCCAGCUUCCUGUCUUCUUUGUGCCUGCGGUGUCUGUUAACGUGCUCCAAUAUCCACACAGUUCGUGUUUACUACUGUUUACAUGAACGAACGCGGCAGGUCAGUAAAUGUUCAUCCAUUCAAACAAGUCGACAGUUAAGAUGGAGGAAAACCAGUUCACAUCACUGACGGUUCCCUCGGAUUAUUUUCAGCAGUGGUACCAGUCCAGCCAGCAGCACCCUGAGGCGCAGCAUGUGAUGCCUUAUCACAACAUGGGCUAUCACACAGAAGGUCCCAGAGAUGAGUUGGUCAUGGCUGAGCUAUCUGUCCAUCGGGAGCAGCCUCAUUAUCAGGAACCUUUUUACCAGAACUACCCUGCAGCCCCAAAUCACUACCAGGAGCAGAUGUACAAUGUCAGGGAGCAGCAGCAACAUCUCGGCGUCCAGCAUCACUCUCAGCAUCAUCAUGUAAUACAGCAGCAGGAGCAGCAGAGUGUCCAGCACCAGCCUCAGCCGACUGGCCCACCUCAAGUUGUGACACCAGUGAAGAAAAAGAGAGGCCGGCCUCCAAAGCAGCAGGCGGAGGAUGGCGAGACGCAGGAGGAGGAGGAUGAGGCGGAAGCAGCCAAGAAGGCCAAGAGGGCUCUCAACCGCUUCAACGGCAUGACAGUGGCUGAGGUCAUGGCCAAGACCCUGCCUGACGUUAUUACCUACAAUCUUGACAUUCUGAUAAUUGGAAUUAACCCAGGACUUAUGUCAGCUUACAAAGGACACCAUUACCCAAACCCAGGAAACCAUUUCUGGAAAUGCUUGUUUCUCUCUGGUCUAACUGACCAGCAGCUCACCUUCAUGCAUGAUGAGAGCUUGCCGGAGACGUACAGCAUCGGCUUCACCAACAUGGUGGAGAGGACCACGCCUGGCAGCAAGGACCUCUCCAGUAAGGAGAUUCGUGAAGGAGGUAGACAGUUACUCGACAAGUUGCAGAAAUACAAACCAUUAAUAGCAGCUUUUAACGGCAAAGGUAUUUAUGAAAUCUUUUGCAAAGAAACAUUUGGUGUGAAGGCAAAGAAUCUGGAGUUUGGACUGCAGCCCUACAAAAUCCCAGAAACUGAAACCGUGUGCUACCUGAUGCCCUCAUCAAGUCCGCGCUGUGCCCAGUUUCCCCGAGCUCAGGAUAAGGUACAUUUCUACAUCAGGCUGAAGGAGCUGAGAGACAAGAUGAAAGGUUGUGGACCCAAACGAGAGGUGGAAGAGACUCAGUACUCCUUCGAUCUGCUGCUAGCCAAAGAGGAUGCAAAGAAGAUGGCAAUCAAAGAAGAGCAGGUGGAUCCAGAGUAUGAAAGCUGUAGUGCUCAACAUGACGACGUGAGGCAAAGCAGCAGCGUCUCCAACUAAAACAGGCUGAGGAGAGGAGAAAAACUGGCCUCUUUCCCGUAGCACACAGAAUCACUGCAGCUGGAGAUGAUCCCUCAACAUUUACCAGCCGCAUUGGUUUCCUGAAGCGUCAGUAAGAAUAAGAAGCCCUCUGAUGACACCAGGAGAGGAGAGCAGUCGCACUGUUUCUGACGCAUUGCAAUGUGACGCACAAUAAAGUGCACAAACAGUUACAUUUCUUACUCCGAAGAAGACUGUGCAUGUUUUUGGUGUUUUUUAAAAUCACUAUUUAUUGUAUUUUUAAGGUGUGUGUCCAGUGACUUAUUUUUGUAUUUUGAAGAAUGACAUUUUAUGAUUUAUCAGCUGUAAAAAUAGGUACUUGUACUCAAGAAUUUCUAAUCUGUUAUUACAGAGUUAUUAAAUCUCUUAUAACGCUG